AUGAAACAAAUCCGGAAAGUGGUGUGUGCAAUUUCCGGUGGUGUUGACAGUGCAGUUUCUGCAUAUUUGUUGAGAAAGCGGGGAUUUAAUGUAAUUGGCGUCCAUAUGGUGAAUUGGGAUCGUGUUGAAGAGGGUUCAGGCAAAUGUCCGCAGUCUGUAGACGAAAAAGACGCGGAAAAAGUGUGCAGCCAUUUACAAAUACCCUAUUAUGUGAUUAAUUUUGUAGAUAAAUAUUGGAACGAGAUUUUUACAUAUUUGUUGGAUAAUUAUCGUAGAGGAAGAACGGUAGUAUCUGAUGUACUUUGCAAUAAAACAAUAAAAUUCGAUCAAUUUCAUAAAUAUGCAUUCGAUGAGCUUCAAGCGGAUGCUGUUGCAACAGGCCAUUUUGCAAGGACAAGUUUUGGUGAUUUUUUGGAGGAGCGUUUAGAAACUGGAUUGAUUCGAUUGCUCGCUGCUGUGGAUCCGAUCAAAGACCAAACAUUCUUCCUGUCGACUUUAACUCAAUCGCAGUUGAGGAGAUCAAUGUUUCCAGUAGGUUCGCUGACAAAGCAACAAGUACGCCAAAUUGCGGUUGAUAUUGGGAUGGCUGAAAUUGCCGAAAAACCAGAAAGCAUGGGACUUUGCUUCAUUGGAAAAAGAAAACGUUUCGAUGCUUUUAUUGAUCAGUAUAUUGAACCUGUAGUCGGUCCAGUAAAGGAUAUUGAUACUGGUAAAGUUGUUUUUGAACACAAAGGUAUACAUCACUAUACAAUUGGUAAACGAAUUACAAUGGUACCUGACCACUGUCAGAGCGCAGUUGGUUUAUUUGUUGCUGGUCUUGAUGGUAAAACUCAAACUGUGUGGGUGUGUCAAGGAUCUCAUCAUCCAGCUCUAUUUGCUUGCGAAUUUGUCGUUGAAGAACCUCUUUGGAUAUCUGAAUGUCCUAUAAAUGAUACAGGAACUAUAAAAACGGAAUUUCGUUGCCAGAGAACACAUCCAGCACUUCUUUGUGAAGUUACUCGACUUGAAAAGGGACUUUUAAAAGUUAAACCAUAUAAUCCAAUUCGAGCCGCUGCGCCUGGCCAGUCAUUUAGUGCCUUGGAUCAAAUUGGUUGUGGUGGUGGGUUAGGUGCCGAGGCAGACCAAUUUGUAAAGAAACGUCGCGGUCCACAGCAUACACAGGCUAUUGGUGGCAGUGGUGGUAGGGUUAGUGGUGGCAUCGAUCCUUGUCGUUUCUGA